UGCGCUGAGGAAGAGCCGCGAGGCCAAUAUGGCUUCCUGCACCUGGUGACGGUUGAAGAAACGGUGUUAGGUCUCAUGGAGAAGACUCGGGGCGUCGAGGAGACUCCAUCUUCAGAACCUAUGGAAGAGGAGGAGGAAGAGGAGGACGACUUGGAGCUCUUUGGUGGCUAUGACAGUUUCCGGAGCUAUAAUAGCAGUGCAGGCAGCGAGAGCAGCUCCUACCUCGAAGAGUCAAGUGAAGCAGAAAAUGAAGAUCGGGAAGCAGGGGAGCUGCCCACCUCCCCCCUGCAUUUGCUCAGCCCUGGGACUCCCCGCUCCUUGGAUGGCAGUGGUUCUGAGCCAGCUGUCUGUGAGAUGUGUGGUAUCGUGGGUACAAGGGAAGCCUUCUUCUCCAAGACUAAGAGAUUCUGCAGCGUUUCCUGUUCCAGGAGUUACUCCUCCAACUCCAAGAAAGCCAGUAUCUUGGCCAGAUUACAGGGAAAACCACCGACCAAGAAAGCCAAAGUCCUGCACAAGGCAGCCUGGUCUGCCAAAAUCGGAGCCUUCCUCCACUCACAAGGGACAGGACAGCUAGCAGAUGGGACACCGACAGGGCAAGAUGCGCUUGUCCUGGGUUUCGACUGGGGGAAGUUCCUGAAGGAUCACAGUUACAAAGCUGCUCCCGUCAGCUGUUUUAAGCAUGUCCCACUCUAUGACCAGUGGGAGGAUGUGAUGAAGGGGAUGAAAGUGGAGGUGCUCAACAGCGACGCGGUGCUCCCCAGCCGGGUGUACUGGAUCGCCUCCGUCAUCCAGGCCGCAGGGUACCGGGUACUGCUCCGGUAUGAAGGCUUUGAAAAUGACGCCAGCCAUGACUUCUGGUGCAACCUUGGGACAGUGGACGUCCACCCCAUUGGCUGGUGUGCCAUCAACAGCAAGAUCCUGGUGCCCCCACGGACCAUCCAUGCCAAGUUCACCGACUGGAAGGGGUACCUCAUGAAGCGGUUGGUGGGCUCCAGGACACUUCCCGUGGAUUUCCAUAUCAAGAUGGUGGAGAGCAUGAAGUACCCCUUCCGGCAAGGCAUGCGGCUGGAGGUGGUGGACAAGUCCCAGGUGUCCCGGACCCGCAUGGCCGUGGUGGACACAGUAAUCGGGGGUCGCCUUCGGCUCCUCUAUGAAGACGGCGACAGUGAUGACGACUUCUGGUGCCACAUGUGGAGCCCCCUGAUCCACCCAGUGGGCUGGUCACGGCGAGUCGGCCACGGCAUCAAGCUGUCAGAGAGACGCAGUGACAUGGCCCACCAUCCCACCUUCCGGAAGAUCUACUGUGACGCUGUUCCUUACCUGUUCAAGAAGGUUCGAGCUGUCUACACAGAAGGUGGUUGGUUUGAGGAGGGGAUGAAACUGGAAGCCAUUGACCCCCUGAAUCUGGGCAGCAUCUGCGUGGCAACCAUCUGCAAGGUUCUCCUAGACGGCUACCUGAUGAUCUGCGUAGAUGGGGGGCCCUCCACAGAUGGCUCAGACUGGUUCUGUUACCAUGCCUCCUCCCACGCCAUCUUCCCAGCCACCUUCUGCCAAAAGAAUGACAUUGAACUCACGCCCCCGAAAGGCUACGAGGCACACACUUUCAGCUGGGACACCUACUUGGAGAAGACCAAGUCGAAAGCAGCUCCAUCGAGACUCUUUAACAUGGACUGCCCCAACCAUGGCUUCCGGGUGGGCAUGAAGCUGGAGGCCGUGGACCUGAUGGAGCCGCGGCUCAUCUGCGUGGCCACGGUGAAGCGGGUGGUGCACAGGCUCCUCAGCAUCCACUUCGAUGGCUGGGACAGCGAGUACGACCAGUGGGUGGACUGUGAGUCCCCGGACAUCUACCCUGUCGGCUGGUGUGAGCUCACCGGCUACCAGCUCCAGCCACCUGUGGCCGCAGAGCCGACCACACCUCUGAAGGCCAAAGAGGCCACAAAGAAGAAAAAGAAACAGUUUGGGAAGAAAAGGAAAAGAAUACCACCGACCAAGACCCGGCCCCUCAGACAGGGGUCCAAGAAGCCCCUGCUGGAGGGUGACCUGCAGGCUGCAGAGAAGAUCGCGUCAGAUCCUGCUCCAGAAGAGAGUAAGAGCCUCCCGGGCGGGGUCGAGCCAGGGCCGGCCUGCUCGGGCGCUCAGAGGCGGCCCCUCUCCUUCCCCACCUGGGCACAGAAGAGGAGAGUCCAGUGUGAAGGGGUUUCUCCGGGCGCCAAGCAGUCCUUCUUGGGCCCCGGGGCCUGGAGAGCUUCCUGAACACCCACCCCCGCCUCUGAACGCACCCGCACGUCUCCAGCCAGGCCCUCUCCGUCUCCACCGCCUGCCCCACAGGGGGAAGGUGCCAUUCCCACCUCCCCGCCACGUCCCAAGGGCCCCUGCCUUUCCCAGGAGCUUCACGCCCGCUCACCCUGUCCUCCUGCCUC